CAACAUGCCGGUCGCCUAUCGGUCGUGUAAGUUAGGUUUAUAGCGCGCACAACAAAUCGUUUAGUUGAGCUUUUGCAGCGGUUUGAAUUGCAUGGGUUGCUACAUAUAAGCUGGUGAUCGAGCGUGCGUUCAGUAGUGGCAAGCAAGUAGUAACUUUCAAUUGUAACUGUUCGGUGAUCGUGCGGCAACGAUUGGAGAGCGCGAAUCGAGUCUUGUGGGUGGUUGGAAACAAUAGGCGGUCUGGCGUUUAAUUAAUGCACAUCCACCGAGAGGCCUACACGACUUAAUAUGCAAUAACAUUUUAAAAGUGAUCUACAUAUAUACAAAGUUGUUUACCCAUAACAAAAAAUAAAUACUACUACUACUACUACGCAUAAAAAACACAGAGGGUCAUUAAAAUGCCAAUCUCUAGUGAGUUUUUGAGAUUGGUCAUUGUCCUGUUGUUCCUAGUCGUCACUGCGCAAACGGAAAACCCAAGCCCUAAAUGGAUUUGCACUUCGACUGAUUUGUGUGUCAUCGAUGAGGCGGCUAAUAUUGGAGAUGUCAAGCGUUUUGAGAGCCAAAAUGAUUGUCGGCUUUCGUGUGGCAAGUAUGGUGGCAUAUGGCCAAUGCCCACCGGCGACUGCACCCUGUCGAAUGAACGCAUACGUUUCGAUCCCUGGAAGGUGAGAUUCAAUGUGGCUGCACCCGAUCCGGCUAGUACGCAAUAUGUGCGCGAAUCGAAUCGCAUUUUCCUUAGCAACAUUCUGAAAGAGUGUGUGCGAAAUUGUACACUGCCCGACAGCAAAGAGGUGCUAGUAAAGAUUACAGUGAGUUCGAAUAGUCUGGUUUUGGAUUGGGACACAAAUGAGACCUACGCGUUGACUAUACGAACAACAGAAAUGGCCACUUUUGUUGAAAUCAAAGCGCAAACAGUGUACGGGGCGAGACAUGCGCUGGAGACGAUAAGCAACCUUAUAACGGGCAGCAUAGACAAUGGUCUGUUGUUGGUGAAAGCUGCCCGUGUCCGCGAUAGACCCAUUUACCCCCAUCGAGGCCUACUUUUGGACACUGCCCGAAAUUACGUACCAUUGAAAUUGAUUAGCAGAACUCUGGAUGCUAUGGCGGCAUCAAAGAUGAAUGUCCUCCACUGGCAUGUGGUGGAUACCCAAAGCUUUCCACUGGAAAUUACCCGAGUUCCAGAAUUACAGCAAUUUGGUGCUUAUCGACCCGACAUGGUUUACUCUCGCACCGACACCCACAAUAUGGUGCGCUAUGCACGCCUUCGUGGUAUACGCAUCAUUAUCGAAAUCGAUGGGCCUUCACAUGCCGGCAAUGGUUGGCAGUGGGGCCCCGCGUCAGGCCUUGGCAACAUGGCGGUAUGCGUAAACCAACAGCCCUGGCGCUCCUAUUGUAUCGAGCCGCCAUGCGGCCAAUUAAAUCCACUUAACGAGAAUAUGUAUGGCAUAAUGAAGGAAAUUUAUGAAGAUCUCGCUGAGGUGAAUGCACCGGAAGAGACCAUUCACAUGGGAGGCGACGAAGUAUUUAUACCCUGCUGGAAUAGUACCGCGGAAAUAACGCGAAGUAUGCUUAAGACAGGCUAUGAUUUAAGUUUGCGCAGCUUUUACAAGGUAUGGUCGGAGUUUCAUCGCAAGAACCUAGACUCGUGGGACAAUGUAACACAACGGCAAUAUCCACGUAUUGCAGUACCUAAAUCGGUUAUACUUUGGUCCAGUCAUUUAACCGACCGCAUUAUAGCCGAACAUUUGCCAAAGGAACGUUUCAUCAUACAGACGUGGGUAGAGUCAGAUAAAACUCUGAACAACGAUUUACUGUUGAAGGGAUAUCGCCUUAUAGUGUCUACGAAGAAUGCCUGGUAUUUGGAUCAUGGUUUUUGGGGUCGCACAAGCUACUACAAUUGGAAAACUGUCUAUGACAAUCGCAUGGAAGUGCAUCCUUUGGUAUUGGGCGGUGAGGUGUGCAUGUGGAGUGAGUUUGUGGAUCAAAGUUCUAUAGAAUCACGCACUUGGCCGCGCGCUGGUGCCGCAGCUGAGCGACUGUGGGCGAAUCCGAAACUAUCCAGCCUACUGGUGCAAACACGAUUUUUGCGUUACCGAGAACGUCUUAUAUCACGAGGCAUCAAAGCUGACGCGGUAGUACCGAAAUGGUGUGUGCUGAAUGAGGGUCAGUGUUUUUAGAAUACAUAUGUAUGAAGAAUUAUUUAAAAUUGUAUAUUGAUAAGAAAAAAUAAAACUGUUAUU